AUGUCUCCUCGCCGAGUGUGCCUCUCCCUGCAGCUGCAUUUGUGUGGGGUGAAGCUACCGUUCAAUCUGGCAAGCGGCGUCAAUUGCCGAUAUGCGCAUACGGGCCGCCCGUCAACCUCCCUUUUGUGGCUCUCGCACAAACGGGAGAAGGCCACGCGCAACGUAAUUUCUUCACCGGAAGCGACAUGUGCCCUAUCGAGUGCUGCGUCAAAAAUGUCAGUGGUUGGCAGAACGCUCGCCUCCUCCUCGUCUCCGCCAUUGCUACUUGAUCCUCCGUUUACACCUGUUCCGGGCGAGUCGCAGGCGUUGAGGCGGCGAACGAAUUGCGGUGGAACAUCCUUUUUGUUAUUAUACGUCUGCGGUACCUGCAAAUCGCCGCUGUUUUGUAGUUCGGAGUACGCGGCGUCCAGUUCUCUGGGACAUCACAGCAGCGGAUGGCCCUCGUUUACUGCCCCAGUGUGCAAUAGUGUACUCCAGCUGCGAAGCCUGCUCCAGCGCAGCGCCGUGCAGGAGGGUGGCCAGACACCGUUGACUGCAACGCUUGCGGCCCGUGGUUUGCGUGUCGAGGGGGAAAUGCAGCGGCAGACGCGCGGUGGAGGCUGUGAGCGGUUGCGGCCUCGUACGUGGCGGGAGGAGUGCCUGAGAGACGAGAACAAGCGAGGCGACCCAACCGUCUUGGAGGGCUGUUGCACCGAGUGCGGGAGGGCUGUUUGCCGCGUGGUCACGGAGAGACGCAGAGGUGCAAAGUACGUCGUCAACCCAACGGCUGUCAAUGCCGAGCUGACGGAGUGCAGCGACCCGGGCAUUGCAUCCACGCCACAUCGGUCACAGAUUCCCCGCUGA